CCUGUACGAGGUCAGUUGGUGGAAGAAUAUCUUCAGAAGUAGAUGAACAUCGAUUACCAAUUCAAGCAUGAAUAAAAUCGUGGUUCCUAUAGUUUGUCUACUUUACAGCCUACAAGGAAUAGUUGCUCAAGAUCCAUUUUAUUUCCUGAAGCAAUGUCAUCGAGAUGAUCCAAAUAUAAACAUAUGUUUAAAGCAGUCUGCAAAUUACCUCAUUGCUAAUAUACGACGAGGAAUUCCUGAGAUCGGCCUAACGGAACCAGAACCAGUCAUCAUAGACGAAAUAAGUAUCGCUUUAGGAAGUGGGCCCGAUGGAUAUAGGGCAUCGUUCAGGAACAUUCAUGGUUAUGGGGUCAGUAACAUUAGUGUAACAGCCGUUAGAUCUGAUGUCAACAGUCACCAGUUUCAAUUCACGAUGUAUAUUCCCAAAGUAUCGGUGAGGGCCAACUACGAGUCCAGUGGGAUUUUGAUAUUGGUGCAAGCAUCUGGUGGUGGCCAAUACUGGGGCGAAUAUGAGGGUAUAAAGUGUAAAGUUUAUAUAAGAGCUAGUCCUCACAGGAUAGGACAACGUACUUUCUUAUCCCUUCAACAAAUUAAAAUGGAUUUCAGUGUAAAGAACAUUAGAAUGGGAGUAGAAAAUGUCCAUAACGGAAAUAGCGUCAUACAGGCCGCCUUAAACUUGUUCAUAAAUACCAACGCGCAAGAACUGCUGAAAGAAAUGAAACCUGACAUCAAGAAAAAAUUGCUCUUGAUCAUGAGUAAUUUCGUCGAGAAUGUGUUUGCCAAUGUUCCAUAUGAUGCUUGGAUAUUGUAGUAUUAAGGAAAUGUAGUCGAUUUUUUAAUUUAAGAAAUGACUUUGUAAUUUAUUAAUUUUUAUAGUUAUUUAAUUUUUAAAUAAAUUAAUUAUUUUAGUUCAAAAUAA